AUGUCUCGCUAUAGAAGCGUAAGGCGCGCCCAGGAACAGCAUCCCGCGCCACCAGGCCAGUUUUCGCAGCAUGACCAGCCUUCGCAGGGCAUGUCGACAAUGCCUACUAUGCCUGCAGUACCAGACGCCCAGCCUCAGAACGAUGCGCCACUCAGCAGGAGCAAGAGCCGCUACCACCGCCGACCACCAACUUCGCACGCGACCAGUCCGCAACCUCCUCCCCGCUCCAACACCACGUUUGACCCUCCACCGCCCUUUUGCCCGCAGUCGCCGCCGUAUGCUUCCUCGACUGAUGCCGACAGUUCCCCACAGCAGACAUCGUAUGCGGCCAAUACCACCCAGCGCCGCCCUCGUACGGCUAAACCUCGUACCCAAACGUCGCCCCUUGUCUACGGUGCACCAAGAGACCAGUCCCUCAGCGGCGAUGAUAGUGCGAGAGAAAUUCUCGAAAAGGAGAAGCAGCGCCAGCGGCAGAUGAAGGAAAGACAUGAUGCAGAGGCACGGGCAAUGAGGCAGGCACAACAGGCCGAGUUGAACAGGGCCGACAAGUUACGUCAAGAAGCAGAGGAAGCGGCGCGGCUACAGAAGCAGCAACAGCAACAGCGAGAGUUUGAAGAAGCGGAAGCGCUGCGUCGGCAAAGAAUCGAACAAAAGGCAGAGCAGGAGCGUGGGAGACGACUACAGAAAGCCGAGCCGCGAAAGACUUCGCAAAACAAGGACGAGCAUCAACAUCAAGCGGCACUAGCAAGGCUUGAAGAGCGGUCCCAAAAGCCACCGGCCUCACCCAAUGCCAUUUCGCCCCCGCGACAGCAAGAAGUUGGGUUUGGCAUGUUCAAAAGGAGAAAGGACGAGGCUCUAGGCCUGGAUGCUCCAGCGCAAUUGUCGGCUGCACCACAACUCAGCCUCAGCCUCAGCCACGAGGAAGAGACGAUCAAGCCCGGUGGAGGAGGUGCGGUCCUGGGUAUUGAUGCGCCAACUUCAGCCGUGAAUGCUGGUGACAGGCGUGUUACGGUUGUGUGCAACAAGAAGCGCAUUCAACUACCAGUCACACCGACCACAACACCUCUGGAUCUGAUCAAGUCUGCGUCAACUGUCCUCACAGACCCAAUUGACGUUCGCACAGCAGUUAUUUCUGAAUAUUUCACCAAAGUCAGCAUCACGCGCCCGCUUCGCAAUUACGAAUAUGUACGAGAUGUUAUGAACUCGUGGGAUCACGACAACCAAAAUGAGCUAACCAUUAUCGACUCGGACGUGGACGGAAUCAACCAGGAUGACUUACUCGCAUACAAAGUGCCCGAGGCAAGGCCCGAAGGCAUGUCGUGCUUUAUCCAAUACUCUUCGAGACCCGGCAAGUGGAGCAAGCGGCUCCUUACCCUGCGUCCCGACGGCCAGCUAGUCAUGGCGAAGAACGAAAAAACCAAGGAAAAGGAUCUGGAGAACAUUUGCACGCUUACAGACUACGACAUCUACACAGUGACGCAGCAGAAGCUGGCAAGGGUCAAGCCACCCAAGAAGAUAUGCUAUGCGGUCAAGAGUAUGCAAAAGUCGAACAUUUUUGCCGAUGAGUCGCAGUAUGUGCACUUCUUCUGCACCAAUGACCGCAACACGGCAAACAUGUUCUACCAUGCUUUGCAGUCGUGGCGGAGCUGGUACCUCAAGUACCAAAAGGGCGAGGGGUUGAAGAAGAAGUCGCCGGCCAUGCGCAAUGUGUCUGGCAACCAAGAAGCAGCGACGUCAUCAGCGCAUGCAAGGGGUGAGUCUGUAGGAUCACAUUACCAGCUGGGUGCUUUCUCGUCGUUAUUGGACAUGGACAGUUUCAACAAGAAGCUAGAUGAAAUUGAAGUGCAUAAGCCGGGCGAGUUUCCAGAUGACAAGCCCUUGUCGAAGCUUGAUAGCAGAGCAAUGCAUACGAGGAAGAAGUCGUUGCGGGUAAAGCAACCACCCCCGGCAACGUUGAUCAAGAGUGCAAUCGGCAAGCCCAAUCCCUCACAGCCCACGUCUCGACAGACGUCUGGACGACGCAGCUUUGACGGCAAGGAAGAAGAGGCAUUUACUUCUAAUGGGCUUCUAGGCCGAGGCUAUAGCGAGCGCCAGGCUGCAGCCCAGGCUCGUGAGCAGCAGCAGGCGGCCGCGUUUACAGAGGGUCCAUCACUGCUGAACGUGGGUCGGCUGGGUCAGGCCGACAGUAGUGUCAAACGUAGUACUUCAACGCGCAGUAACCACCAUCGACGGACAUCCAGCGACCUGCAAAGAAGUGCUUCGAAACGGGUACCUGGUAUGCCAGAGCCGUUGAUUGAUCUUACGCCGCAGUACCGUCCACCACCACAGCAUCUCAACAAGGGCAAAGGGUACAAUCCGGGAGCGGGUGCCGGACCACUUGUGGAGAGCGCAACGUCGAUAGAAGAAGCAAUCAAGGUCCCUUCGUCGACAGAUUGGCGAGCGGGCCGGCCGGGAACAUCACGCGUACAUGGAACAUAUGGUGCCGGUGGCCACGAGCGCACACGGUCGCUCAAGGGUCGUGGCGAGCCCCUGGCUGCAUACACGCAGAACAACCAUGGUGCAGCGCCGGAGGAUGCCAGCAAAGCAUUUACGGGUGGAGGCCUGUUGUCUCGAGCGGGUUAUUCUCAAGGCCCUGACGUGAUCGGUCGAGGAGUCAUGGAUGGCAGCAAAGCCCGAGGCCCAAUGGUCAACCUGAACCUGAACAAUGAGUUUGCGCAGGGCAGCUUGCUGGGUGGGAUGCCCGUUGCUGCACCGGUGAUUGAUCGAAGUGGCAAGUAA